AUGAUUCUUGUUAUUGGUGCUGGUGGCCUUGGCUGCGAGAUCCUCAAGAACCUGGCGAUGACGGGGUUCCGCAACAUCCACGUAAUCGACAUGGACACAAUCGACGUCAGCAACCUGAACCGCCAAUUCCUAUUCCGGCAGAACGACGUUGGCCGGCCCAAGGCAGAGGUGGCAGCCGAGUUUAUCAAGCGGCGGUCGCCAAACGUCAGCAUUACGCCGCACCGCGCCAAGAUCCAGGACAUGCCAGAGGAGUUUUACAUGCAGUUCACCCAGGUAAUUUGCGGUCUGGACUCAAUCGAGGCAAGGCGGUGGAUCAACGCGUACCUGCACAGCCUGGUGGACUCGCAUGGGUUCGAGGGGUUCAAGCCGAUGAUUGAUGGCGGCACUGAGGGGUUUAAGGGUAAUGCCAGAGUUGUUUUGCCGUCAAUUAGUGCGUGCUUCGAGUGUGGGCUGAGCUUGCACGGCGCCAAGACGACGUAUCCGAUCUGCACCAUUGCCAAUACGCCGCGACUACCCGAGCACUGCAUCGAAUGGGCGUCGGUGCUCGAGUGGCCCAGGGUGUUUCCAGACAAGAAGCUGGAUGGGGACAACCCAGAGCACAUCACAUGGCUGGUCGAUCGGGCGUCGGAGCGAGCCAACAAGUUUAACAUCUCGGGAAUCACGUACUCGCUGACACAGGGCGUGGUGAAGAACAUCAUUCCGGCAAUUGCGUCGACCAACGCGAUUAUUGCGGCGGCGUGCACGAACGAGGCGCUGAAGCUGCUUGAAAAGUCGCCCGACUGCCUGGUGUGCGGCAACCAGCAAGCAGAGCUGAUUGAGCAGCUCAAGGAGGACUCGGUGCUGCGCCUGAAGGCACCGACGCUGACGUUUGGCACGGCCAGCCUCUACUUCCAGAAUCCGCCAGCACUGGAGGAGGAGACCAGACCGAAUCUGGCCAAGAAGUCAACAUUGACAGUCACAGAUCCGACGCUGCCAACCAGCCUCGAAGUCACUGUCGGUUUUGCAUAA